CCGCAGGUUUUAUGUUUCAGUUUGUUUAUUUCGAAUUUUGUCAUUCUCCGAAAUAACCCCGCUGUUAUACGUCAUAACUAGUUUGUGACCAAUUAUGGUGACAUGUUGACGAAUUAUUUGAUCAGGAUGGUUAUUUACACUAAAUUUGAUUUGGCGCCCAACGUGGGACAGAAAUAAGUUGAUUAUAUUUUAAGUCAAACAACAAUAUUGGAGUCAAAAUUGUUGAAAUACCUAAAUAUAAAACUUUGCAAUCACGAUGAUGUUACUAUAUAGACUGUGUAUAUGGAAAAGUGGAAAAAUGUUAAUGGCACUGUUUCUUUUGGAUUGGCUAUUUGCUGCUUCUACGGACGCUACCACUCACGAGCCGGGCUUCAGCGCGCCGAUAGCAAAUGUGACCGCGCCUCUCGGCCGAGAAGCGAUACUCGCUUGCACCGUACACAACCUCUCCACUUAUAAGGUGGCGUGGCUGCGAGUGGACACGCAGACUAUUCUUACAAUACACACGCACGUGAUAUCGAGGAGUCGAAGAGUGGGGGUGACGCAUAGUGACCACAGGACCUGGUUCCUCCAUAUCAGGGAGCUUCGGGAGACGGACAGAGGAUGGUACAUGUGUCAGAUUAACACAGACCCCAUGAAGUCGCAACUUGGGUAUUUGGAUAUUGUUGUACCUCCGGAUAUCCUCGACCGAGGCACAAGCACAGACCAAACGGUGCGAGAAGGCGCCUCGAUAAAUUUAACAUGUGCCGCCACAGGAUCACCGCAUCCGCAAAUUACUUGGAGAAGAGAACAUUCCAAACCUAUUACCAUCUCAGAUGGCAUGCAAGUGACGUCAUUUGAAGGCCCAGAGCUGAAUAUAAGUCGUGUGACGAGACAACAUGCGGGGGCUUAUCUAUGCAUCGCGUCAAACGGCGUGCCUCCGACGGUCAGCAAGAGAAUCAUGCUUACUGUACAGUUUCCCCCAGUAAUAACAAUAAGGAACCAGCUAGUGGGGGCGGCGCUCGGCACCGAGCUAGUGCUGGAAUGUGAGACGGAGGCCUAUCCUAAACCAGUCAGCUACUGGAGCAGAGAUAACGGCGAGAUCGUCCCUGUUGGGGGUGGUUUGGAGCCGCACAAGAUAGAUGGAUCUUAUCGAUCAGUGCUGAAGCUGGCGAUACGGCGAGUCACUAGUUCCGAUUACGGGACUUACAAAUGUGUUUCUAAAAAUUCCCUUGGUGACACCGAGGGUACUAUUAAAUUGUAUCCUAUGCCUCUUCCAGCGAUGGAGAACAAAAAUGUUGUCCAAAGGUUAAACAUCAUAGCUGAUAAAUCAUCUGAAAGUACCCCCUUCGGCACCCAAGAUUUCAGGUUACAAGAUUACAACAGGGCGGGAUCAAUAGAGCUUUGGUGCCGCGUUUGUUUAUGCUUAUUAGUACUUUUCAUCCAGAUAGCAGCGACCCGGGGUUAAUGUUCCUGUUUAAGUUUAGUCACUAAGUAAAUAAUACUUGCCCAUACAGUUCAAUCAAUUAGAUGGGCUUAGCUUCCGUUUGUAAAUCUUCAAAAUAACUAGGCCUUCAACUUUCAAUUUGUUUUUUAAUUUGUCUUUUUGUAUGCUUCCAUGAUUAUUUCUUAUACAUCAAAAAGUUUCUUACUUAAGGCUUAAUUGUAUAAAUGAAAAUAAAACGAAUCUCAAAAUGUGUAUAAAAUGGAAUUGUUUCAUCAUGUCGCUUGCGGCGUGGGGUAAAAUUAUCAUAAGGGAAGUUCGUUUAAAAUAUGAACGAAAUUGGAAGGUUCACAUUUUCGUCAUUUUGAGAUGAAGAGGUUGAAAGGAGUCAGUUAAAUUCUUUGGCCUUGUUAAUCACUUCAUACAAAAAAUGAGAAACUCAAUACUAAUAUCUAUAUUAUAUAAAAACAAUGGCUGGUAGUAUUGAAUUCUAUGAAACUAUAUACAUUUUAAUUGGUUACCCGAUAGUGAGAAUUAAUUAUCGAACCAUAUCCAACACUAUACCUGCAAAAGGUUAUUUUGAUGAUGUUUGGGUACAAAAUUGAACGUUAAAGGAUAGUAACGUGGACGUACUGAAAUAUUUAGGCUUGCGCCCGAGAUUUUGCAGAUAGUCUUUUGUCGAAUCCUCAGAUUAUGAGAAAAGAGAUAGAGACUUCGUUCUAUUUCACUACGUCUUUUUUAUUAAAAAAAUAUAGUACUGAGGAAAAAUUAAGGAACUUGUGUCGGCGCAC